AUGGAAAUAUCAGAAGGAUCUUUUAAAGAGCCAAAUGAAAAAAAACCAAAGAGAAAAAGUCUUAUUGGUGCCCAGAAAGCUGAAAUAUGCCAUCUAAGACAAAAAGGAGUAAGUCAAGUUAAAUUAGCAGAAAAAUUUAAAGUUGCCAAAGCAACUAUUUCAGAGGAGGCACUAGCCCUUUGGGUGUCACAAGCAAAUACAGCACUACAGAUAGUCACAGGUGUAAUAAUCCAACAUAAAGCAACACAACUCACAGAAAGGCUUGAAGUGAUAGAUUUCACUACCUCUAAUAG